AACCACUCAAUCACUAGUAUUUGUGUGAUCCACAGUGAACCUUGAUACCAGUGGGAAGAUAAUAUACUUGAUAGACGUUAUACAUCUUUAUUACCUCUCGCAUAUUCUACUGUAGCAUGUGCUGAUUAAAUAUGAAGAUUUUAUAUCACAUUACUGUUUUACUUCAAGCAUUGUGUCUUGGAAAUAGUCUGAAAAUUUUAGUCGUGUUUCCUUUGCCGGGUCCAAGUCAUUUUAUUCUUGGGAAUUCAUUGGCGCGCGGAUUAGUUGAAGCAGGACAUGAAGUUACGAUAGUGAGUCCUUUUGAGGACAAAAAUCCGCCGAAAAAUGGAAGAUACACCAGCGUUAAACUGGAAGGGGCGAAGGAAGCUAUUGAAAGUACUAAUAAAAACAUCAAUAUGUUCGACCUUGUCAACGUGAAUCCAUUCACUUUUAUACCUUUCAUGAAUUUCAUGGGCAACGUGAUCACAAACACCACUCUCACCAAUGCAAACUUCAAAAAACUCAUCAAUUCUGAUCAGAAAUUUGAUGUGGUUGUGAUUGAACAAUUCAAAAACGAUGCGCUAAGAGUGCUAGCUUGCCACUAUCAAGCUCCCUUAGUGAUAAUCAGUAGUAUGGGAGCCAACUCAUGGGUAAAUUCGUUGGUUGGAAAUCCGGCCCCUCCAUCAUAUAUACCAGAUUUAUAUCUGAGUUACACUAGAAAUAUGAAUUUAUGGCAACGCUCAGUAAACUUAUUGAUGUAUCUAACGAAGGAGAUCAGUCAUAGAUUCUUUUUCACACCGGCUCAAAACGAACUAGCAAGGAAACAUUUUCCCAAAUGUGUCGAUGAAAAUGGCCCAAUUGCAAAUGUAUCUCUUCUGCUUUUGAACUCGCAUGAAAGUAUCGAUGAUCCGGUGCCAUACGUUCCCAAUAUGGUGAAUAUUGGUGGAUAUCACGUGAACCCACCAAAAAGUUUACCUAAAGACCUCCAAGAGUUCUGUGAGAAUGCGACAGAUGGAGUGAUAUACUUCAGCAUGGGUUCCAAUUUGAAACCUUCGGACAUGAAUCAGGAAAGUAAACAAGCUUUAUUGUCUGCCUUAGGAAAACUGAAACAAAAGGUACUGUGGAAAUGGGAUGAAGAUCAUCUUCCAGGUAAACCUGAGAAUGUUAAGAUUGGAAAAUGGUUCCCACAGCAAGAUAUCCUAGCUCAUCCCAAUGUAAAGUUGUUCAUCACUCAUGGCGGUUUGUUGAGUACAACAGAAACAAUCUAUCAUGGUGUACCAAUACUCGCUAUUCCUGUUUUUGGGGAUCAGAAGAUGAAUGCUGCAAAGGCGGUUGCAGCAGGAUAUGGUUUAUCUUUAUCAAUAAACGAGUUGAGCGAGGAAAACUUACCUAACAGCAUAAAUGAACUUUUGAAUAAUUCAAAGUAUAGGGACAAUGCAAAAAGAAGAUCCGCAAUCAUGCACGAUCGAAAAGUGAAGCCCAUGGAUCUUGCAACAUAUUGGAUCGAAUUUGUUGUCCGACACAAAGGAGCACCACAUUUAAGGGUAGCUGCCCUUGAUUUGACUUGGUACCAAUAUUUCCUCGUGGAUAUUGUUCUUCUAGUGGGAGCUGUUGUUGCCAGUUUGAUGCUAGCUUCUUAUUUCUUACUGAAAAAACUGUGCUGCUCAAGAAAAACUAGUGAAAAAAUUAAGAAAAACUGAUAUUUUUGUAAUGUUUUGAUUUCAUCUUCUCUUAUUAUCUCAGUAAUCCAGGGUGUAUACAUUCGUAAAGAAGAUGAGGUAACGACGAUGGAGGCAAACGUGAUCACUGUAAUUUUUUCGAAACAAAUUAAACAACAAAUUAAAAUAUUUUUUCAA